CGUACCUGUUAUGAGUUAUCUGAGAUGUAAACAUAAUGUAAAAUAUUAGGAAUUUAAAUUUUAAAAUAUUAAUGAUUUAAAAUAAUAAUAAUAAAAAAACGUUAUAAUAAUCAAUAAGAUCCUCCAAUAAAAAUUGAAACUAAUGAUUUACAAAAUACCGUUGUUCUAAUUUAAACAAAAUGUCAAGUUCUAGUGAACGAAGACGAAAGCAGCGUGAAGAUAUUGGAUUAAUUGGCGUGUCUGAAGUAUGGGAGAGAUCUCCUCCACAACCAGUAAAAGAUUCUGACUCAGAUAACGAUGGUAUUCAUAAUCAAAAUAAUUUGAUGAUUAAUCCUGUCAAAUGGCAUAAAAAACGAAAAAAGCAAAAAGAAAAGUCAAAGAAAUCUAAAAAGUCUAAAAAAUCCAAAAAGCAUAAGGAGUCAAGCAAAAAGAAAAAAAAGAAAAAAGUUUCAUCCGAUAGUUCUAGUAGUUCAGAUAGUGACGGAGAACUGGAUGAAUGGAUUGAAAAAAAAGCUACUGUAGAGUUAAGCGUGGAUGACACUGUUGGUCCAUUACCAAAACCAAAUGUUACUUUAACACAAAAGGAAUAUGGAAGAGCCUUAUUACCCGGAGAAGGUGCAGCUAUGGCAGCUUAUGUGCAAGAUGGAAAACGUAUACCACGUCGUGGUGAAAUCGGAUUGACUUCAGAUGAAAUUGCUUCCUAUGAAUCUGUUGGUUUUGUAAUGAGUGGAAGUCGUCACCGAAGAAUGGAAGCUGUACGUAUUCGAAAAGAAAAUCAAAUUUAUUCAGCAGAUGAGAAACGAGCAUUGGCUAUGUUUAGUAAAGAAGAAAGACAGAAACGAGAAAACAAAAUCCUUACUCAGUUUAGAGAUAUGGUAAAAAGUAAAACAUCAAACAAGUAGAUCCAAAUACAUCCAAAAUGUGUUAUGUAUAUUAUAAAAAAUAAUAUACUAUGUAAAACUUCAUUAUCUCAUGUGCUUAUAAGAACCUUAAAUAUGCACGACUCAAUUGUGAAUCAUAACAAUAUUGUUGUUUUGUAAAAUUAUUUUUGACUGACAAUGAUUAAUACACUUGUAGAAGACUAUAAUAAUAUCUCAAUUUUAUUUUGAGUAUUAAGAGGCUUGUAAACAAUAAAAUUAUUUGUAAAUUUUUAAAAAUAUAACUUAAUUGAACCACUCAUGAAAUAGUUCAUCUGUAGCUUUUGGUAAUCCAAUGGUCUUAUCUAAAGGUAAUAUUGACACAAACAUACAAACACAUCAGGUUUAAAGUUAAAACCAAAAAAUAUUUUUUUCAAUCUUAGACGGUUUUAAUAUAAUCGGUUUAAUUUAUAGAAUAAAUAAUUCCCAUGUUUAAUAAUUGUAGUAGUACCUAUAUCAUUAAAAAUAAAUUUACUGAUGUUUAUUGAUUAAUGCUACAGUGUAUAAAAAACCACAAUUUUACAGUAUAACCAAAAGAAGUUGAAUUUUAAAAUUGAUGUUUAUGAUUUAGUUACGCUAGCAUUCAUAAAGGCGCAUUGUAUAGGCAAUUUUUCACUAAUACUUUAAAUGUUCAGUUAAACAGUAUUUUUGACUUAAGUCCUACGCUGUUUUUAACAUUUGGGUUUAAAAUUUAAUAGCAUGCAUAAUAAUUAACUAUCAAUUGUAAAUUUUGUAUAUAACUUUUUCUAGUAUUCAUUUAAUUGUUUUUAAAUUAUUUACAAUUUUAAUAUUAAUGUAAUAAUAAUCAUAAUUUAUAAAAAUACCUGACUUAUGGUUUUGGAUAAAUAUGUGCAAAUCUAAUCCGUUAUCUGUUAUUUAAAAAAUGAAACCUAGUAAUUUUUUUUUUUAUCUGUUACCAUGGCUUUCUAUACUAAAGUAUAAUUUAUAUGUAAUUAAAAAAAAUAAUAAUAAAAGGACUUUGAGAAAAAAAAGCCUGCUUGUUGAUUUGUUGAUAAUAUAACAAUUGGCAUGGGGUAUAUAGUAAUCACCAUUGGGUAGCUUAGGUCAGUAAUCACUACAUAGUCUUAACAUUUUUAUUCUUUUUCUCUUUUCUUGGCAAAAGCCAAUUUGUAUUUAUUAAACAUUAUAUAAACUAAUAUUUAUUAAGCUGGUCCUGGAAAUGUACAAAUCAAAUGUAUGAAUCUUUAAAGCUGCAGUGCCAAGUUAAGUGUUAAGACUUAAAUAAUUACAAAUAUGACUUGCCGUGGAGAAAUUUUGUCAAAUUGGUAGUUUAAUGUUAAUGAUAUUGUUUUAAUUUAAUUAAGUUAUUUUUUUACAAUAUAAAAUUCUUAACGCACAAUUCUUAAAAAAGUAUUGUAAUUUGUAAUAAUAAUAAAAUUGUUACAUACCUACAUAAU